AUGGCUGGCAACCCAGACAAAAAUAAAAAUAAAUUUCCUGCGAUUAAACCAAAGAUAGGCUCGAGUAAUGAGGAGAUAGUCAUGUCAAAGAUACAUAUCUUAAAGAAUUGGAAGUUACCUCCUUCGCCUAGUUAUGGUGUAUCGGGAAGAAAGCACAAAAGCCCCAGGAAUGAAAACACUUCUGUGUCAAAGAAUGAAAAGCUUUUGUUGAAGAAAAAAAGGCAGAAUAGAGAUGCUCAGAAGGCCUAUAGAGAAAGAAAAGAAAAAAGAUUGAAAGAGAUGGAGUCUAUUAUUGACACAUUACAAGAUCAAGUGAAGUAUUGGAAAAAACUAUAUCAUUCGAAGUGCAGUGAAAUGAGUGAUUUGGAAAAGCAAUAUGAUCAAAUGAGGAAAGAACGACAAAAUACAACGCAAUUGAACCAAUCAGCUCUCUAUGGUAUUAUUAGUAAUUUCAAGCCUUUGAAACCUGUCCCAUUAUUACCAACAACUAAUAAAAUUUUUAAAGGAGCAUCAUCACCACGGUUGUCAUCUACUUCAAAUACAGCAGGUAAGGAGUUGUUUCUAUCACAAACUUCACACAAAUUAUCCAAGACAUCAAAUAUUCAAAUUGAUACGGUGUAUAACCAACAGUCAGACCAUAUAAGAGGAAUUCAUGAACAAACUAAAGAUAACGAUACUAAUAGUGGUAUUACUUCCACCAACUGUGGGUUUUGUGAUGGUUCUUCAUCAUGCAUAUGCGAUGAAUUAACUGGUAACACCACACAGAAGCAUCCAAAGACAAUAAUAUCAACGAAAGAUACGACUUCUAUGUUGGCUUUAUCACAGAUUUCAGAUCCAAUGGCUAUUGCUCAGUUAGCAUGUUCUUCUGAUCCACACAAUUGUACAAAAUGCCCAGAUAUAAAUGAAACUUGUAUAAAAUCAGCAGUUGCGUAUAGCACUAAUAAUGGCGAUGCUAAUGCAAUUUCUAGCGAGAUUGAUUUUACUGACUAUAAAUAG